GCAGCGUAUUGUUAAACUCCUUUCAGGACAGAUGUUAUUGAAAGUGUCAAAAUUGAGAUUGCCGUUGGCAUUAGUACUGUUUUAGAUAUUUUGUGAUGCUGGCUCAUGAGCUCACAGUGUGAAGUGGUUUAGUUACAACGCGGUGCAGACAGACGAUGUCAUGAGGAGCGCGUUGCUGGCGGCUCUGCUGGUGUCGGCCGCAGCACUCGCCGCGCGCGCAGAGAGCAAUACGGUGAAGGCGCCAUCCUCAGGGGAUGAUCGCGAGCCCGACCAGGAAGAUGAGAGUGACUCCGCACCCUUCAUGAUCGUAGUGGAGCAUACAAACGGACGGCGCUGCGGUGGGUCGCUGGUGUCGCUGCGCACGGCGCUGACGUCGGCGUGGUGCGCGCGCGGCGGGCCGGGCGCGGGGCCGGGCGCCGCGGCGGUGGGCGAGCCGCACGAGCUGUGGGCGCUGGCGCCGGGCGCGGGUGCAGCGCGGCGCGUGGCGCGGCUGGCGCUGGCCGCGGGCGCCGACGCCGCGCGCGCCGACGACCCCUGGAGCGGCGCCGCCAUGGACCUGGCCGUGCUGGAGUUGGAAGCGCCGUUCGGCGGCGGCGCGCGCUCGCGGCCCAUCCUGAUGGCCACGCAACCGGCCGAGUGCGCGGCGCGCGCCACGUGCCACGUGGUGCGGGCGCUGGGCCGCACGCCGCGCCUGCGCAUCGUGGACGCCACGCUGGUGCCGGGCGAGGCGUGCGCCGAGCGCGCGCGCGGCUGGCCCGGGCUGCGGGACUCGGCGCUGUGCCUCGUGGGCCCGACGCUAUGCUCGAGCGACUGGGGCGCGGGCGUGGUGUGCGAGGGCAAGCUGUGCGGCGUGCUGAGCCGGUCGGCGCGCGGGGCGCAGGCCGGCGGCGAGGCGGGCGACGCGGAGCAGCGCGGUGACACAUGCGGCGACACGCACGUGGCACAGAGCGUGGCGCGCUGGCGCAAGUUCCUUCAUUGCGCACACACUCUACGCGCGUGUGGACUCGGCGGCGACUGCGCGCAGCUGUGCAGCGAGCGGCGCCUGCUGGACACGGAGGACGCGGCGGCCACGCACGACACCACCACCGAGCCCGCCGACACCAGCGCCGACACGGACGCCCUGCUGCCGCGCACCGCCACCUUGCCUGCUCUCCUCCCAUCCACGUCGCGGCCGGUGCGGCCGACGAGCGUGGCCGCCCCGACGCGCAGCACGCUGCGCCGCAGCUCCGUGGCCGGCAUGCAACUAGCGCCGGGCUCGUCUCCACCGCCGUCGCCGCGGCCCGCGUUCGAGUUCGAGCCCAACCGGCCUGACUUCAAGGGCAAACCAGCGCGAACCUCACGCGUGUACUUGAAGGCGGGCGAGUACGGCGACAACGGCGCGGAGUACGGCGGCGAGGAGGCGGCGCUGCCGCCGGGCUCCAGCACGCCGAGCAGCGUGGCCACGCACCUCAGCUCGGCCGUGUCACCCGACGCACGCUCCGCCAACAUGCUGGCGCGCGUGUCGCCCGCGGUCGCGCGCCGCUCGCGCGCCUCCUCUCUGUCUGCUAACCUUCUUUAUGUUAUUGUGGCGAUUACAAACUUUACUAUUUGA